AGGAGGGGAACAAUUUGAAUUGAUGUAAAGUUUUAAUUUAUGGCCAUAUUCGAGCAUAUUUUUUGAAUUUAUUGCCUUGUCAAGAAUGCGAGCUGGUCAAGCCCAAACGCAGUCGCAGUCGCAGUCCAAGCUAAAGUCGAAGUCGAAGUCGAAGUCGAAGCUGAAGUCAAAGUCUGAGUCGCACGUGCUGUGGCAUUUGGCGAGGCCAAUAUUAAUUGUUAUGACGAAAGGAGUUGUACAAUGGUGCUGCAACAACAACAGCAACAACAACAACAACUUAUAUAUAGUGUGUCUAUAAUAAAGUUUCAUUCAAAAAACAUAGCAACUAUUUCUUACUUAUCAAGUCAGUCAUUGACAAAUCCGUUUGACCUGCAAAUCAUUGAAUGUCUAUUGACAUCCAUGAGAAUUUCAAGCGCAUUCCUUUGGUUGCUGUUCGCUGGAUCUCUCCUCUCUUCAAACAUGCGUGUCGCUGGUUAUCACCUCGAUAGGGCUCAGCACCCCAAGCGCAUGGCUUGGCCAUCGAAUCUUUAUGCAGACUUUGCCGCUAUUAACAGUCGAGAUGAAGCUGCCGCCAGUCCAAGUGUCAAUCGCUUAACCAAAUCGGCUGAUCCGGUUGGGCACAACGGCGGUUCAGCUCCAGCUGGAGGUGCGAGUGCCGGUUCUGGUGCCCAGGCAUGCAACGAGAAUGCAAGUAAUAAGAAUUGCGAUGUGAAGCAAAUCUUUGCGCCGGGCGAUCCCAAGCAAAAGUCCUCGAACAUUGCCAUGAAGGCGGCCCAGGAUGCCAAGGCGGCGAAUGAGGCGCAACAAGCUGCCGGCCAAUUGGCUGCUCAGCAUAUCAAACAGGAGCUGGCUGAGAAGGCCUUUCAAUCAGCCAAGGCAGCCGAAGCAGCGCUCACCGGCAAGCAAAUGGUUGUGCAGCAACUCGAGCUAGAAAUGCAAGAGGCCCACGCUGUGGUCGAGGAGGAGUCUGCGUCCCUGCAGAACACGGAGAGUAACAUGAAUGCGGCUGUCGAAGCAGCUCGUGCUGCAACGCAUCAGUUUGAAACACUCACCGAACUCCAGAAGUCGGUGAAAGACAAUUUGGCCAACAUUCAGACGGUGGCACUGGGCUCCCAACAGGAAAUGACCGCCAAGGUACAGUUACUCGAGGCAGCCAAGAAUCGACUGGGCACAUUGGAGAAGCAACUGCAAAGUGCUCGCGAGGAUUACGAGAAGACCAAACAAGCGGCUUACAAAGCGGCUUGCGCAGCUGUCGAAGCCAAGCAGAAGGCUUCCGCCGAACAUUAGUUGUGCCCCAUUUUCCCUAUGUUAUAUAUUUUGUUACAAUAAUUGGAAUGUUUACGUUUACUCCCAGAGAAAACAGUUGUCAUACAAACGACAUGCAUGCCAACAGAAAUUCCAGACCCCGUUGAAGUGCAGUCCGCAUGAUCCCCUGUACUCUAAUAG